GAGGAGGAGUUCAACUGGUUGCUGAARGAAGAAGUCCAUGCUGUCCUGAAGCAGCUGCAGGAUGUCCUGAAGGAGGCUUCUCGACGUUUCUGCAUGCCGACACCAGGCCUGGAGAGCCAGCUCAAGCAGGAAAACUUCAUCCUCGGCAGCUCAACCAUGGAUCAGGUGAAGGGGGUGCUGACACUGCAGGGRGAGGCUUUGACACAAGCUGACAUUAACCUGAAGAUUGCAAAGAGCAGCCAGGUCCUACACUUUCAGUUCAGAGAAGACAAGCAGUGGAAACUGCAGCAGAUCCAGGAUGCCAGGAAUCAUGUGAAUCAGGCUUUGCAGCUGCUAUGCAGCCACGAUGAAAGCUACCAAUUCAAGUCAGGGGCAGAGGUUAAUAAGCUCAUGGAUGCUGUGAUGCUCCAGCUGACACGRGCACGGAACCGUCUCACCACUCCGGCUUCUUUGACACUCCCAGAACUUGCAACCAGUGGUCUCAUGAAAAUGUUUACUCCUCCCAUGCCUGGUGAUGUGAUGGUGAACUUUUACAUCAAUUUAAGCAAACUGUGUCUGACUGUUUACCAGCUGCAUGUUCUACCUCCAAACACCACCAAGAAUUUCAAGCCAGCAGGAAGUUCGGUGCUGCACAACCCAGGAGCCAUGUUUGAGCUGAACACCAACCGCUUUGAGGUGAGUCACGUUCACAAAGUGGAGUGCGUUGUGCCGUGGCUCAACGACACGCUGGUCUUCUUCACCAUCUCCCUGCAGCUCUGUCAGCAACUCAAGGACAAGAUAUCGGUCUUCUCCAGCUUCUGGAACUAUAGGCCUUUCUAAUCCUCRUCCAGUCUAUCCUCAGAUGGGUCCAAACAGAACUAACCACUGAAGUGUAAGGGAUUCCCUGGAAAGKUUUUGUUUUUGAAUGUUUGUGAUGCAGUUAAUCUGCCUGAAGUGUUGCACGAUUAUAGAGGAGCCAGUCAGACCCCAGUAGAGCUUUGUAUUUGCCAGUUCUUAUUGUUAGGCCAGCUGACUGACAUGUCGCUUACAUCUCACAGUGCUGACUUGAACUUCUUGGUAAAUGAAUGUGAUUUAUUUUUUUACGUUAAAGCAUUACGGUGUUUUAGUAUUUAUCAUGUUUGAACGUAUCAUUCAUCAUGUGGAACACUAUUUUUUUUGUUUUGUUUUACACUCAGGGUGGAAGAACGAAGCAGUACUAAAUCACUAGAGGGUUUCUGUUCAAAACGACUGACUUYCCUCACAGCAUUGUCAAACUGAGCUCCUCUCUUGCAUUACCACACAAACAUAUUUAAUGUUCUAACAGCUUUACAUGUUGGAGUCAAACGCUUCAUGUGAACUGCAGGUCUGGAUUCUGAUGUUUUUAUUCUUUGGUUACUUAAUCUGCUGUACUUUGACAUCAGAAAGAGGCCUGUUGGAUCAACAAACACUUUCAAACACUCGGUCAGUGGUGAGACAUUGAGACAAUCGGAAAGCACAUUUUUCCCUCAGUUUGACACUCAGUGAUAAAUAAACACAUUUAUCACUGUGGGAAACAGGUUGUCGCUCUACACCAGCCUUUACGUCUGUGAGGAGCKUAACURUGGGAGAUCAGUCUGCUUUAAGGWUGUUUACAGGUGUCUCACCAGGCUGCCACUGUUGAAGAUUCAAAAUUACAAGUAAAUAUGUUCUUUUUUUUUUUGUUGUAGCCUCACUGAGUUUGAACCAGCUGUGAGGCCAUCUUUUGAGCGGCCUGUUAUUA